AUGGAGGCUGCUGCAACAAAGGUGAAGAAGGGUGCCGGAGGAAGGAAGGGCGGCGGCCCGAAGAAGAAGCCGGUGUCCCGUUCAGUCAAAGCCGGUCUUCAAUUCCCGGUCGGUAGAAUUGGGCGUUACUUGAAAAAGGGUCGCUACGCCCAGCGAGUCGGUACUGGAGCCCCGAUUUACAUGGCAGCUGUUCUUGAAUAUCUUGCUGCUGAGGUUUUGGAGUUGGCUGGAAAUGCAGCUCGAGACAACAAGAAGAACAGAAUUAUCCCGAGGCACGUGUUAUUGGCUAUCAGGAACGACGAGGAGCUUGGAAAAUUGCUGCAAGGAGUAACCAUUGCUUAUGGUGGAGUGCUUCCGAACAUUAAUCCAGUAUUGUUGCCAAAGAAGACUGGUGGAGAUAAGGCUACCAAAGAACCAAAAUCACCCUCAAAGGCUACCAAAUCCCCCAAGAAGGCUGCUGCUUAG